AUGACGUCCUCGAGCUCCGAGUCGGAAUCCAACACACAAGACGGCGCGAACGGCGCCCCGCCUACACAGAAGUCCUCACUCGACGCGCUGCGCGUGCCGGAGACCCCCCAGGCCUUUGUCAGCGAGGUCAACGAGGAACUGCCCGGGAAAAACGUGGAUGCGGAUGUGCAGACCAUCCUGGACUCGCGCGCGUCCGCUGGCCUGAGCGACAAUGCAGAGUCCGGUUCCCAGACAAUCGGUUCUCCUGUCCGGCAGGCGGCUGACGAGGCAGACACGCUGGAAGAUGCGGAGCUCGGAAGCUCGAUGGACGCGUUGGACUUGAACGUCGUCGACGUCGGUCAAAUCCCGGAACUCGUUGAAGCCGUGCCUGAAUACACACUGCUCCUCGCUGCCAGUGUGCGUGUUCCGGGCCAAAUGAGGACACGGACCGAGGCAGGCAGCGACGCGGGAGAUAGCGACGAUGGCGACGAAUACCCGACGGACUCCGACUCGGAUUCGGGGGAGCAUGAUCAUGAGCGCAUUAUUCCCAGCCCGCGCGCCGUAGAUGAGGACGACCUGAGUCCGGAGCCUGAGGCCUGA